AUGGUGGCCGGGUGCUAUAUAGUGUGCCUGGGGCUGCUCGGCGCCGUCUUCCCGGCUCACAAUGUCAGGCACGGAGAGAUCACAGAGCACGACAUGGCUCACUACAGGGAUCGGGUGAAGUCCAUGUUCUAUCACGCUUACAACAAUUACCUGGACAACGCAUUUCCAUACGAUGAGCUGAGACCGCUAACCUGUGAUGGCCAAGACACCUGGGGCAGCUUUUCUUUGACUUUAAUUGAUGCACUGGACACACUGCUGAUUAUUGGCAAUAUCUCAGAAUUCCAGCGAGUGGUGAAUGUUCUCCAGGACACCGUGGACUUCGACAUUGACGUCAAUGCUUCUGUGUUUGAGACCAACAUCCGAUGGGUGGGGGGUCUUCUGUCCGCUCACCUCCUCUCCAAGAGAGCCGGCCUUGAGCUUGAGACUGGCUGGCCAUGUAGCGGUCCAUUGUUACGUAUGGCAGAAGAUGCAGCCCGGAAACUUUUGCCAGCUUUUGACACACUAACUGGAAUGCCUUAUGGCACGGUGAACCUCCUAAAUGGUGUGAACCCCACAGAGACUCCUGUGACCUGUACGGCGGGUAUUGGAACCUACAUCAUUGAGUUUGCCACGUUGAGCCGCCUAACCGGAGAUCCGGUGUUUGAAAGGGUGGCCAGGCGAGCUCUAAAAGGAUUGUGGGAAAGUCGCUCUGAGAUAGGACUGGUAGGGAACCAUAUAGACGUCGUGACCUCAAAAUGGGUGGCCCAGGAUGCUGGGAUAGGAGCAGGUGUGGAUUCGUAUUUUGAAUACCUGGUUAAAGGAGCCAUCCUUCUGCAAGAUGAAGAAAUGAUGUCCAUGUUCCUGGAAUACAAUACGGCUAUCCAGAACUACACCAAGUAUGAUGACUGGUAUGUGUGGGUACAGAUGUACAAGGGCACAGUGUCCAUGCCAAUAUUUCAGUCCCUGGAGGCGUUUUGGCCAGGAUUACAGAGUCUGAUAGGAGAUAUUGGAAAUGCCAUGAAGACAUUCCACAACUAUUACACAGUAUGGAAGCAGUUUGGUGGAUUACCUGAAUUCUACAACAUUCCUCAAGGAUUUACUGUGGACAAAAGGGAAGGCUACCCUCUGCGGCAGGAGCUGAUCGAGAGCGCAAUGUAUCUGUACAGAGCUACAAAGGACCCUGUACUACUAGAGAUGGGCAGGGAUGCUGUAGAAUCUAUUGAGAAGAUCAGCAAAGUUGACUGUGGAUAUGCUUCAGUUAAAGAUGUCCGAGAUCACAAGCUGGACAACCGCAUGGAGUCUUUCUUCCUAGCAGAGACUGUGAAAUACCUCUACCUUCUGUUUGAUCCCGAUAACUUUAUUCACAACGAUGGCUCUGACUUUGACUUGGUUGUGACUCCCUAUGGGGAAUGUGUGGUGGGGGCCGGAGGCUAUGUGUUUAAUACUGAAGCUCACCCCAUAGAUCCAGCAGCACUGCACUGCUGUAAGAGGGACAAUGCAGAAAAGUGGGAGAUGGAAGACCUGGUGAAGGAAUUCUUCUCUGGGAAGAAGAGGACAGAAACUAUCAGAAAAGCCUCCAAGGAUCAGAAUUAUAAGGGCUUUUAUUCUACCAGCUCACAAAACACAACGAAAACCAGACGCAGAUCCCUCCUCCGCUGCCCCAGCCAACCGUUCACCUCCAAACUCUCAGUCUUAGGACAAGUAUUUCUAGAUUAA